AUGCCCAACUGGGCAGCCCCGUUGUUCGAGAGAGUCGCCCACGCCCUCAAGCACUAUGCUGCUCAGGUUCAAGAAGGCGAUCCCAUUUACGUAACACUUGCCCUCUUUGUCGCCUUCUUCGCAGUGGUCGGAGUCUCGUACCUUCAAUAUCGCCAACCAACUGCAGCCGUCCACAAGCGCGCAGGGGGGAAGAGCCGCUCUCGCAAGAAGAAGCCGGCGUCGGGGUCAGAUGGCGUGCUCUCUGCCUCGGGUGAAGACGCGGACGCUCGAGGCGAGGGCGCUUCGCUGACGCCGGACGGCAAGCUGAAGCGCCGAACAAACCAAGGGAUGGCAGAAGGAGAGACUUCUCGAGGCGAUGGCGAAGAACGUGGAACGGGCUCGCGCGCGGCGAAUGAGCCGGUGGACUCGCGAGACGGAGAGGGUGCCGGCGAAGGCGAGUGGCAAGUCGUCACCAACAAGAGAAAGAAGAAGCAAAAGUGA